GCAUAGUAAAAGAAGGAGUAACAGCUGAGAAGUAACAGUAUUCAGUCAGUGGUGAUUUUUGUAUCUAGUAAAAGAUAGAAGCAACAAGUUGCUUUAUAAAAAUCAGUGUGCUUACAUUGUGUGAAUUCGUUUUCUGCCACCACAGGUAGGUGCAUUACAAUGCGUCUGAGUCCAAUCGACCCUAGCUCCUACAGCAACGCACAGGAGCUUAUCAUUCGCCAUGUAGAUCUUGACUGGACGAUUAACUUCGAAAAAUCUACUAUUUCUGGAAGUGCUACUCUGUACUUUAAAACCGUAAAGGAUGAUGUCGAGGAAAUCUUCUUAGAUUCCAGCGAAUUGAGCAUCGCUUCAAUUGUCAUUAAAUCUUCGGCUGGCGAAGUACCGGUAACAUGGGACGUUGCAGUACCAGUGGAAAAUAUCGGCUCCAAGUUGACAAUCUAUUUACCAACGAAAACUUCCGGAGACUUUACUCUGGUUGUUGAGUACGAAACCAGCCCAAAGGCAAGCGCUCUCCAAUGGCUAACGGCAGAACAAACCUGUGGAAAAAAGCACCCAUAUCUGUUUAGUCAAUGUCAGGCUAUUCAUGCCCGAUCCCUCGUGCCCUGUCAAGACACACCGGCUGUGAAAUUUACCUACAAUGCAACGCUUCGCCAUCCCGCUGGGGUAACUGGACUGAUGAGUGCCGUCAAAAAGAAGACAGAGCCGGGAGUUUCAUACUUCGAACAAAAGAUUCCCAUUCCAAGUUAUUUGCUAGCAAUCGUCGUUGGAGCUCUUGUAGAAAAAUCCAUUGGACCAAUUUCAAGCGUAUGGGCAGAACAGGAGCAGAUCGAUGAAUCGGCAGAGGAGUUUUCACAAACGGCUGAUUUCAUCGCCAAAGCGGAGGAGAUUUGCGGCCCAUAUGUUUGGGGUCGGUACGAUCUACUGGUCAUGCCUCCGAGCUUCCCAUUCGGUGGGAUGGAGAAUCCAUGUUUGACUUUUGUGACCCCCACGUUGCUGGCAGGCGAUAAAUCACUGGCCACCGUCGUGGCACAUGAAAUCGCCCACAGCUGGACCGGUAAUUUGGUGACAAAUCGAAAUUUCGAGCACUUUUGGUUGAAUGAAGGAUUUACGGUUUUUGUGGAGGGCAAAAUUGUAGGCAGGUUGUUCGGAAAUGGUUCGCGUGAUUUCCAUGCUCUGCAUGGGUUGAGUGAGCUCACGGAUUGCAUCAAGACUCAGCUUGCUGAUACACCUGAGCUAACUAAGCUGGUGGUGGACUUGUCCGAAUGUAGUCCAGAUGAUGCAUUUUCAACCGUUCCGUACAUUAAAGGUUCCACAUUUCUACGGUUCCUAGAAGACCUGUUGGGGGGACCCGAGAAGUUUGAACCAUUCUUCCGCUCCUAUCUGAACACAUUCAAGUUCAAGUCCGUGCUGACAAACGAUUUCAAGAAGGCUUUAUAUGAUUGGUUCCGGGAAGAUCCCAAAAACGAGGAGUUUUUGGAACGUAUUGACUGGGAUCGAUGGUUGUUCGGCGAGGGAAUGCCACCAGUUAUUCCCAACUAUGAUCGUUCGCUAUUGGAUGCUUGCCAACAACAUGCAAAACUGUGGGCAGAAAAUGAUCUGGAGUCGAUAAGAGCGUCACCAUUGUUGUCUGAGACAUUGACUAGCAUUCAACUGAUCGAGUUUCUGGCCCAGCUCCUGGAGAAAAAAACGAUUCAAGAGCUAACUUCGGAAAAAGUAGCCCUGCUGGAUCAAACGUAUCAUAUCCAUGCUACGAAGAACGCGGAAAUUCGUUUCCGCUUCGUCCGUCUCUACAUUCGCGCAAGGAUGAUGGAUAAAAUGGAUGAAAUUCUUGCCUUCGCAAACAGCAAUUUCCGCAUGAAAUUUGUCAGACCGGUUUAUAAGGAGUUGGCGGGCUGGCCUGAAGCGAGGCCGAUCGCUAUUGACAACUAUAACAAAAUCAAGGACCAAAUGAUGUCCGUUUGUGCUUACACCGUUUCCAAGGAUUUGGGUCUAGAAACAGCCAAAUGAACAAUGGCUGUUUACAAUGAUGGAAGUUGAAUUCGCUUUUGAUGAUGUUUAAUAAACUGGUUCUAACAUGAGA